UUCAGCCAAUCUGCGCACGGUGACGCUGCGCAAAGGCUGGAUCUAGUCUUGGCUUCAUCAUCAUAUUUAACACACCCACCCAGAUUCACACAUGCUACAAGAAGUGCAUUCUCUUAUCCGGCUGUACUCUUAGUGGUUACCUGGCCCUGCGGGAGGAUUCCUGUCUCCUGUUACCUGUGCAAUUUAUUCCGCUGGUUCGCCUCGGGUGAUUACUCGAGGACUCAAUGUGACAGAAUUACGCACCGUGGAUCGCUGAAUGUGAGAACACGCUUCGACUACUUUUCGGGGACUUUCCCCCUAAAAAGAAAAAACACAAACAUUUAAAUGUGAAGAGCUCCACUUCUCGUGUGUUUUUUUUUUAUUCCAGCUGAUCCGCAGCAGCUCUUUCUCUCGCCGCACAGGAUCGAGGCUGGCUGGCUGGAUGGUGAGACCGAUGCGCGCCGUCGAACCACUUGGACACGCACUUUUUACGGAUCAUUCUCCCCGCGUGUCACGGCAGCUUUUGGAUCCUACUCACUCGUCUGUUGCUCUGUAUUCUCUCUGAAAUAUUCUGUCGACAGGAGGAAAAAAGGGGGAGAGCGGCGGCGGCGGUGGCGGCAGCAGUGAGGAGGAUGUGGCUUGCGCAAAUCGACCGCUGGUCUGAGCCGACUCGACCUGCUUUACCUGGACGCUUGCGGAUGAUUUUGCGCUUCUGAAAUCUCGCUUGGACACCGGCGCGAAUAAAGCAGGACUCUGAUGCUGAAAAUACAAAAGGCUGAACACUGAAUCCUUUACUCAAGACGGCAAGUGAAGAUGGCUCUUAUGUGUUUAAUGUAUAUUUCAUUAGAUUGGCGUCCAGUCUAAUAAACAUCAUCAGCGAUGUAGUCAGCUUGUUCAUCUGCGUGCUCAUCAUUUGCAGUAAAUACUCACAUCUGCUCAAAAGGGAGACCAUGAAGAUGAUCCUCCUGCGCAAAUUCCGUUUUUUGAUCCUCAUGGUGUUCCUUAUUGCAUGCUCCAUGCACAUAAUGAUAGACUUGUUACCGAAGCUGGAGAGGCACGGCAACAGCGGCUGUUCCUGCUCCCACACGCCGAGCGAGGAGCCUCAGAGCUGGGGGAAACAGGGCUGGCCUAACAAGCACACCCUGCGGAUCCUCCAGGACUUCAGCAACGAGCCCAGCUCAAACGUGUCCUCCCACUCCCUGGAGAGGAUCCCGGUUACAGGCGACAAAACGCAGGCGUUCAGGAGGCUUGAGCAUCACGGACAACGUGGUGACAGGAAGAGGCAGUUCAUCCAGGACGCCACGGUGACCAAGAACAUGCCGGUUAAGGGUUCAAGGUUGUCGGCUCUCUAUGAGCAUCCUCUGUACAAAAGAUCCGUGCCACCUCUGACAGAUGAGGACACGCUGUUCAACGUCAACACGGACAUCAGAUUUGACCCCAAAGCAGCAGAGGAUCAGGCAUGGAAUACUGAAGGCAACCUGGAUGAGUUCAGCCCAACAGGGGAGCUGACAGCCGAUUCCUACCCCAACUGGCUCCGCUUCCACAUUGGGAUUAAUCGAUACGAGCUGUACUCCAGACAUAACCCGGUCAUCGAUGCUCUCCUGAAGGACCUGGUCACCCAGAGGAUCACCAGCGUCGCAAUGAAGUCUGGAGGCACUCAGCUCAAGCUCAUCAUGACCUUCCAAAACUACGGCCAGGCUCUUUUUAAACCCAUGAAGCAGACUCGGGAGCAGGAGACCCCACCGGAUUUCUUCUAUUUCUCUGACUUUGAAAGACACAAUGCAGAGAUCGCUGCCUUUCAUCUGGACAGGGUCCUGGACUUUCGUCGUGUCCCUCCCGUGGCUGGCAGGCUUGUCAACAUGACGAAGGAAAUCCGAGAUGUCACACGAGACAAAAAGCUCUGGAGGACCUUCUUCAUUUCACCAGCCAACAACGUGUGUUUCUACGGAGAGUGUUCGUACUACUGCUCCACUGAGCACGCUCUGUGUGGUAAGCCAGACCAGAUAGAAGGAUCCCUGGCUGCCUUCCUCCCAGACUUGGCCCUCGCUAAACGCAAGACCUGGAGGAACCCGUGGAGACGCUCCUACCACAAACGCAAGAAGGCAGAGUGGGAGGUGGACCCAGAUUACUGCGAGGAAGUCAAACAGACUCCACCUUACGACAGCGGGACACGACUGCUGGACAUCAUGGACAUGACGAUCUUUGACUUCCUCAUGGGAAACAUGGAUCGUCACCAUUAUGAGACAUUUGAAAAGUUUGGAAAUGAGACUUUUAUCAUCCAUCUGGAUAAUGGCAGAGGCUUCGGAAAGCACUCCCAUGACGAGAUGUCCAUCCUGGUGCCGCUGACCCAGUGCUGCAGGGUAAGGAAGUCGACCCACUUGCGUCUGCAGCUGCUGGCUAAGGAAGAAUACAAGCUGUCCAUGCUCAUGGCAGAAUCCCUGGUGAGGGACCGACUCAGUCCCAUCCUCAUUCAGCCACACCUGGAUGCAAUGGACAGGCGAUUACGCCAGGUAUUGAAUGUGUUGUCAGAAUGCAUUGAAAAGGAGGGCUACAGUUACGUUGUAGAGGAAGACCUCCAGGGACACCAAGGAACAGACCACGCCCACACCAGCGCACGACAGAGGUAGCUGUCUAGGGGCACUGGCAGCUGGAUAGGACUCAAUCCCUGGACGUUUGGACAUCCAGUCUUUCUCCCAAACUGAACUCAGAUGAGCUCCAUCUGUGCUGAAUUUCUCAGAGGGCUCGAUUUUCUUUUUUGCCGAACUCACAGGAAAGCCCACCUGCCUGAGAUUAAAAUAAGCUGUGUGGAAGUGGAGACCUGCUGGAUAGGACUGGACUUUGAAAAAAAAAAAAAAAAAGUGCAAUGACUGGACCUUACUGGGCCGUACUGAUGCUCGAGACGCAGGUGAUGUCGAAGACUUCUGGAUGGAUCUGGGGGCCCGGGUCACAAACGGAAUUGAACCACCCCGCCUCCAUAUCACCCAGACUCCUUAAAAUAUCCAACCCUGACUCUAGUGUAGGCUAGUCUCACCGCAGCUGACCCAAACACCCACCGACCCACCGCAGCACUACCAAACCAUGAAAGUCUUGCAAGAGACGCCUUCUCUUUGUCUUGUUCAGGACCCUUUUUUGAAUUCAGUGAAUUCUGAGGGACUUAAAGAAGCUCCUGACCCCCCCUCCCCCACCCCGCCCUGCCCUCCCUUCACAAGCUGAAUUAUGUGUUUAUACGUAUUGUUGGUAUUGCAAGUGUUUGGAGUGAACAUUCAUGGUGGAGGAGGAGGUGGAGGUUGAUUUCCUGUUGUCUUAAUUAUCAAAAUGAUGUUUUAUUGAUUUGCGGAAAAAAUGUUUUAUUGCAUAGUGUCUUUUGCUUAUUUGAUUUUUCUGCUGAGCUGAUUCAGCUUCUGUCAUCGGUAUUCACGAUGGAGAUAUUUGAUUGGAGUGCAGGUUUACUCCUGGAUUUUAUCCAUUAAUCUUGCCCAUAAAUGUUACUUGUACUUGAGAGAGUAUUUAUUAUUAAGAUUCAUAUUUAUUGUUUGAAAUGAACAACACACUUCACUUUUGUGUUCAAAUGAACCAUUUCAUUUACAUCACAGUGGUGUACUUCCUCAUUUGCCCAUAAGAGGGCAAACUGAGCAUGUGCAAGUAGCUCCUGGUAAAGUCUUCGCUUUUCACCCCAUUACAAGCAUCCGGCUCGCUUUAGAAUUUGGUUUCUAGCUUCCACAAGUAUUGGUUAGAUCAAAUGAGCAAGUCUCCGCCUGUGUUUACAACAUUUAAUCCAACUACUGUUUUUAUUUCUUUCAAUGCAACAAAUAUGAGGUUAGAUUUAUGUUACCUAAAGCCAAAUGUGACACUAAUAGUUUUUAUAUUAUUGUUUUCUUUGUAAUAUAUUUGAUGUCCAGAUGUUGCUGUUGUGGAGAGAUUAUUUUUCAGGAUGUAUAUUUCAUUCAAAUCCAACAGCUGAUAGAUGAACUGUUGGUGUCAACGAUUCAGUCAUUGGCUGAAAGUUAAUAUAUACCGUAGGAAAAUCUAGUGCCUGUGCAAUGAUAGAAAUACUUGAAUGUCUGGUUUCAUAGCGGAAAGGUUUCAAAUCCUCCCAGGUACGAGUUAUAGAUAAGAUACAGAGGUCUAUCAACAUAAAUGUGUGUGCUGACUCCAACUGUUCCAUAAAGGUUUUAUUAUCUAAGUUUCCAUAGUCCUGUGUCAGAUCAGUACAGUGUGUAUGGACGUAUGGGUGGAUCCAUGGAGAACCUUAAAAUGAUGUGUUCUUAAAGUGAAAAUGCUUCUUUUUUUUCUUUUUCUUUUUUGUUUUUAAAUCAAACUCAUUGUUUCUGUGGAUUUGUUCCAGUUUUCAUUUCUUUGCAUCAUGGUAAAAGUGCAAUAAAACAAAAUAAGCAG